CCUUCUCUACCCAUCGGUUUCACCCUCAGAUCUCAUCCGACCCAACGUUAGGGUUUCAAAUUGGGAUAAUAUUUUCCCAAUUCAGUGUUUCUGAUCCGAUUUUAAUCUCCGAUACAUUGAAUUCAAUUAAAAAAUCCCCAUGCAUCGCUACGAGAGCUGUAUACACAGAUAAAUGGAGACGCAGCGGAUUAUCGAGUUUCCGCAUAGGAACAUGGACAAGAGGCCAAGGAAGAAGCCUCGAUUAACAUGGGAUAUGCCCCCUCCCCCUCCUCCUCCUCCUCUUCCUCCUCCCAAGUUACAGGUUCUUCCUAUAAUGUAUUGCGGCCAGGAGGCUGGGAAUGGAGUGGUUUCAAAUCAUGCUUAUCCAUCCAUGUUUUACAGGGGAAUGCCUCGCAAUGGAUCACCCCCCUGGAGGCCUGAUGAUAAAGAUGGUCACUACGUUUUUGCUGUUGGUGAAAAUUUAACUCCUCGAUACAAAAUUCUCAGUAAAAUGGGUGAAGGAACUUUUGGCCAAGUGUUAGAGUGUUUUGAUAAUGAAAAGAAAGAAGUUGUGGCAAUUAAAAUUGUUCGCUCCAUAAACAAAUAUCGUGAGGCUGCAAUGACUGAAAUUGAUGUCUUGCUGAGGCUAUCCAGGCAUGAUGUUGAUGGUGCACGUUGUGUGCAAAUACGGAAUUGGUUUGACUAUCGUAAUCAUAUUUGUAUUGUAUUUGAGAAGCUUGGACCAAGCUUAUACGAUUUUCUCCGCAAAAACAGCUAUCGUUCUUUUCCUAUUGAUCUUGUUCGGGAGUUUGGCAGACAACUUUUGGAGUCUGUAGCAUUUAUGCAUGAUUUAUGCUUGAUUCACACUGAUCUGAAGCCAGAGAAUAUUCUUCUUGUCUCGUCAGAAUUCAUUAAAGUGCCAGACUACAAGUUUCUAUCACGGACAACAAAAGAUGGCUCCUAUUUCAAGAAUCUACCCAAGUCAAGUGCCAUUAAGCUCAUUGAUUUUGGGAGUACAACAUUUGAACAUCAGGAUCACAGUUAUGUGGUUUCAACAAGACACUAUCGUGCACCAGAAGUUAUAUUAGGUCUUGGGUGGAACUAUCCUUGUGAUCUUUGGAGUGUGGGCUGCAUACUGGUUGAACUUUGCUCUGGUGAGGCACUUUUCCAAACACAUGAGAACCUGGAACAUCUUGCCAUGAUGGAGAGAGUUCUAGGGCCAUUACCUCCCCAUAUGGUGGUCAGGGCUGACAGUCGCCGAGCUGAAAAGUAUUUUAAAAGAGGUGCACGAUUAAGUUGGCCUGAUAGCUCAACUUCAAGAGAAAGUUUGAGAGCAGUUUGGAAACUGCCACGUUUACCGAACCUUAUAAUGCAGCACGUUGAUCAUUCUGCCGGUGAUUUGAUUGACCUCUUGCAAGGGCUCCUAAGGUAUGACCCUGCAGAACGGCUUAAAGCAAAGGAAGCAUUGAGACAUCCCUUCUUCUUCACAAGAGAUACAAAAAGAUAUGGUUACCCUUUAUAAAUACCAAACAUUAUGGCUCAGAGGAAAAAACACUGUUAAGAACCAAUGUCAUAGAAACACACUUGAAAUCGUUUGAUUGUUUGCUCCACUGUAUAGUGAGAAUUUCGUUUUGUAAUAUGCAUUGUUUUUUCCUUUCUAUUUCUCGGAAGAAUUUCUCCCCCUCUGCCGGCUCCCCCUUUCCCCUGCUGGUGUUUCAGUGAGUAAUUAAUUGCUGCUGCUUUUCUGUCUGUUCAAAGACCAAGUUUUUAAUUGAAAGCACCGUUUAAUUUAUCGUCAAGCAGAAGUGGUUAAAGUGGAGUCAAACUUUGUCUUCCUUGGAAAUGAUUGAUAAAAGUGCCAG